AUAAUCGCGCCAGGAACGCCGAGGUGCGUCUGACCAUUCAGCGGGCGAUAUCGUUCGAUAUACUCGCGUUAAUGAAGCUUCGUGCGAGGAUGGCUUAUUCUGGAAGGAGAUGUCUCGAGGAAGAAUCGACGAGUCUUUCUUCGGGCCUGGAAAACCCACGAGUCUUCAAAAGCGCACUUACCUUUCCCGUUGCACUCGCACCAGCCGGAUGAUGGAACCCCAAACGAGAGAUGAUCUUCGAGGACAGGAACAAACAGAACUGAUUCCACCUUCGAGCGUUCAACGAACAUCCAGCCAGAUCCAGUUCCGCCUUGGAUAUCUGGUCCACGAGAGAGACACCGAACGUCACUUCCGUUUACGGACCCACCGUAUCGACAGUCAAAACCCGUUGCGUAGAUGCAUUUUUAAUAACGGAUGUGUGUCUACGUUCCGAACGAACGAGAGAAUUGGAUCGUAUCGCAUUCAUGCUAUUUUCUUUUACUGCCAUCUUAAUACGAGCACCUCGCUUUGUUUUUUAAGAGAAUCGAGUUCCGAAUCGGUACCGCGAUUUACCAUUUUUGCUCAUGGUUCCAUUGUUUAUUUUGUUUCAGAUUCGAUCACCAAAAUGACGAAUCAUCGACGACAUAAUCGAGUCGAGGGUAGAAGAUUUUUGGCAGUAUCGGAAGCAAAACGAGCUUCCCUCGUGAAUUGAAGAGCAAGCGCGUUCGAUUGCAUGCUUCGGGUGACAACGGACGUCGUGCGCUUACGCGAACGCAUCGGGGAGACGAAGCAGAGCGAAUAGAGAAGAUUCUUCGAUCCACGCGGGCCUGAACGAUGACCAAGGAGUAAUCCGAGAAGAGGAGCGCCUAGGGGAAUGACGUGGCAGUGAAGAGUUCGCGCGAAUGUUUGCAAAUAAUAUUAAAUUGCGAGGACAGCAGUGGAAGACGAGAACGAAAACGAAAUCAAGUGUCAUCGCGCGAUGAUUACAAACAACACCGACAGACUUUCAUAGACGGAAAAAGAGGAAGAUGAGGGGAUGGUUCGAUGCGUUUAGGAACGACGGUGGCCCAACGCUCUACAGUUACAGCAACAGAACACCGGUCACCGGUGACGUCAAUCUCAUAACAAUAUUCGUCAUAUUCUGCACAAUAUUCACCGCAUUUCUCAUCAUAUUCCCGGGAAUUCGUAAAGAGAAAUUAACGACCUUUUGGACUGUGACGUUGAGUCUGUUCGUUGGCACGACGAUACAAGUCGCUCAGUAUGGAUCUACUUGGCAUACAACAUCCUCGACGAUCGUCAGCCCCUACAGUGCUUUUUCGAAGCAGAGAAUGUCCGCGGAAAUCGGUGGCUACAUUGGCCUCAUGCAUAUCAACAUAACGUACAGAGUGUACCCUGAGAGGGAUGGACCAACGGACGUUGAAUACAACGAGAGAUUCUGGUGGCGAAGUUCCGACGAGAUGAUGAAUUCGUUCAAAGGUGCUCUCCACCGUGGAGCCCCGUUUCCGAUAGUCUCCCUCGCCGAAUAUUUCAGUCUCCAUCAGGAGGGUUUUUCCUGGGGGAGUAGAUACAGAGAAGCGGGACACUACGCUUCGAUAAUGCUCUGGACUUCCUUCGCUGCCUGGGUGAUGAUGAAUCUGUUACUGAUGGUCGUACCGAGAUACGGAGCUUACAGUAUGAUGGUCACCGGACUGUGGAUGCUGUUGACCGACCUGACGUACUGGUCGUUGUUGCCAUGCGAACCUCUCGUCGCUCACGUCGACGGCUCCAUUUUAAUUUUCAACUUUGGAUGGAAUUACUGGCUUGUACUAGUCGCCGGCAUCAGCUGUUUCUUCAGCGGUCUCGUUAUCACUGCCAUAGAUCUGAUAUUUCCUCAUCAAUUUUCUACUAUACUGGAGGUCGAUUACGACACUCCGUACGAUAGGCACGUCAUUAUCGAGGAGAGCUUCGACACGAGAAAUGUUAAGAGAAAAUUGCAUAAAACCGACGAGGCUUUCAGCGACAGAAUUAUCAGUCAAAUAUCAACGUCGCUGAGCAAUGGAAAAGAAGAAUCGAUGCAUCCUGUAUUGGGUCAACGUACGUCGCAUCAACAGAGCCAACAAGGCGUAUUAAACCGUGGUUACGUAUCUCACGAACUAUCGGAAUAUCAACGCGAUACGAAUCGACCAGAAACGAGUAAAAAUAACUGGUCCUAUCCAUUUCCGCCGGUUCCACAUAGCAGUUCAAGAGGUCGACAGUGGGAAACUAAGGUUGGACAAUACGAGAGUCAAACAAGAUUUAUUUAACGGCGAGACGUACGUAUAUCGACGUUUCGUCGAUGGCGAAAAAGCGAACUCGAAGGAUUUUAUUAGCGUUCGGUUUUACAACGUCCGCAAUCAUCGCGCCUCACCUUGCAUUUUUUUUUUGCUGCUCUCUUUUUACAAACUACACAACGCGCGCACGCUUAUGACGAACGGCGUGUUUCUGCAAACGCGCGCGUCGAACUUCUCGCUCGUAGACCUCGCGCGAAGAGAAAGCAAGGGCGAAUCUACGCGCGGGUACGUGUUCGAGCGUUUUAAAAGGGGAGGAAGAAAGAGGCAAUUUCGUGAAUAUAAAUCGUGACACACGAGAUAAUUGGCAUUUUCAUCCCACUGCAUAAAUCCGACUCCACAUGGACCAAGGUCACGCCUUUUCGAAUCUUUAUUCUCCUGCUGAUCUCUUUCUUCUUAACUCGAAAUUCUACUAGCUGUAUUUUUGUCCAAGGACAAGCAUCGCCGUUUACCUGGCGCGUAUGAGAAAGGACUCGCGAUCGAUCUUAUAUUUCCUGCGAUCAGCGUGUUUUCGAUACCGGGAAUCAAGCUCGAAGAAUGUGAGACGGUUUUUUAUCGACGGUUUUAUAAAAUUUCAUUUAUUUUUCGACCAAAUCUUCUGGAGACUCAAUCAUCGAUUUGUUUUCUCUCUCUCUCUCUCCCGUAUAUUUGCAAUUAAAUAAUGUAGCAUUUAUAAAGAUUCAUACAGCAAUAAAGACUUUCUCACCACUUUUUCAUACUAUAAA